AUUCUUCAAUUCAAGCUUGGUUGUAACCGCCUAAACCUACGAAUCUACGAUGCUCCACUCACUGCAACAGAGGUAGAAGAAGACGGAGUAAAAGUAGUAUUGAAGAAGAAUGGAAACCAAAAUUGAGAGAAAUGUAAUUGGAAUUGAGAAUCCAUUUACUUUAAAAGUUGGUCAAGUAUUUACUGGUUUUGGAAUCGGUUGUGGAGUCGGAAUCGGUGUUGGUCGCCCUUUAAAUUUAGGUGCAAUUCCAAUGUUGAAUCAAGUUAUGAGUGCCACUAGAGGUGCAACUGAUGCAUUUUCUGGUGUUAGCAGACAUGUCAAUACUUCUUUGAGGAAGUUGGGAGCUAGGAAUAUUGAAGUUGGUGUUGGAUGUGGAAUUGGUUUCGGUCAUGGUUUUGGAGCUGGACUUGCUGUGAAACCAGGGGUGUUGAAUCAAAUUCAAUCUUGCAUUGCAGUAACAAUGACAAAGAUGAUGAUGAAGUUUGGACUUACUCCCAGUUUACCAUUUAGUCCGGGUGCAUUUCCAACAUCCUUACAAAGUGCCACAAGCACAGCCAUUCCAGGAAGCAUGAUGCAGUUAGCAACUAAAUCAGCUGAUCAAUUAUCUCAAGGUCUAGCAGGCUCUCAACCAAUGAACAUUGGUUCUGCUUUUGAUAAAACGGCAUUAAAAGACACUGCAGCUGACACGACAUAUGGCACCCGAACUGAGAAAGUUCUUAACAACUUUCUGCAAAAUCCACUGUUGAAGGGAGAAGGAGGAGGAUCCAGUGAAGCAGCUGGACGCUUGCAAACAGAGAACAAAAUACUUCAGAUGGUUUUGAAACACCAGCAAAUCAUUGAAGAACUUGUGGAGGAAAAUGAGAAGCUUCGGCAGAUACUAGUGGAGGAGCUGAAAGUACCAACCAGCAAACUUGAAGCUAGUUCUUCAGGUAGAAUUAGAAAUAAGUUGCCAUGUACUGAUUGUUUUGAGUGCCGUAGAAAACAAAGACGAAGGUAGAUUCAAAAUAAUAUUACGAAUAUACUCAUUGAAGUGCUUGCGCGUUAACGCUUGAAGGAGCUCCCAUAAACCGGGAUACCCCUUAAUUAUUUGGGUCUUGUUCCUACUAGUACCCCUGCUAAUGGGUUGCCGGAGAUAGUAUAGGCGCAUGAUCACUUGACCUGACACAUUACUGAUUAGCAUUAGAUGACAGGUAUUUAGUUGUUUGGUUUAAUGUUUUGGAGGAAAAACCUGAGGGGAAUGGAAGGCAGCAAAAUCUAUCAUGAGCUAAUUUGAUCUCUCCUCCAAAAGUAGAGAGGAUUUGGAUCGGAGAGAAUAUUUAUUUGAAGUUUGAACUUAAA